AUGGCACCCCCUCAGGCAAUAUCUGCUUCACACCCCGCCUCCGUGGUCUUCCUUCUUCACAUCCUCACCGAACUCCCCCUUGCCGUCCAGGGGAUGUUAUGGCCGACUUCACUCCCCUUCAUCCAGCUCAACAACACCGUCGUUGUUAUCAUGAAGCUGUAUUCUGCGCUCGUCUUAGGCACCUGCGCAACUGCUCUCCUAUGCUGGAAACUUCCCGAAUUCUUGCCCGGGAAACGCGCUCUCGCCAUCGGGCUCUGCAUAUAUCACACUGCGCUCUCCACCGUGCUUUACCAAGCACCGCGCUUCAUCCCCCAGUCGUUUGGGCAACUUGCUGAAUCUCUGAAAAUCACGCCCGAAACCGCGUGGGGCACGUUGCAUGGCGUGCUCGGGCUACUGUUUGUCGCCUGGUGGCAGUUGACGGUGCCUAUCGCAGCCGCGAUGGGCCAGGCCCGUCCUCAGUAA